ACGAUAUGCGAAACCGUGCCCUAAAUGCAGCCAUGUUUGUGGGGUUUCUAGACCGCGUCUGCGUAGUGCUGCCAGCCUGCCACGCUAACAUUGAAUGGAACUGUACACACGGUAUUACUUAGUUAAACGAGUUAUUUAGUUGUACAAGUGACUGUAUGCACCCUAAUCACCAACUACUCUAGCUAUUGAUCUUAAAUAUUACUUACGAUGGCGUCAUCAGAGCUUCGGAAGGAGUUGGAGGACUACCUGAAAAAUCUUAAUAUCGAAACUGUUUGCGUGGAGCACCCAGAGGUGUUCACCGUGGAGGAAAUGCUGCCACACCUGCAGCACCUGAGCGGCGCGGUGACCAAGAACCUCUUCCUGAAAGACAAGAAGAAGAAGGGCCUGUGGCUGGUGUCGGUUCGGCACGACCGCGCGGUCAACCUGAACGACCUGGCCAAGAAGCUGGGUCUGGGCAGCGGGAGCCUGCGCUUCGCGGACGAGGCGGCCAUGCAGGAGACGCUGCGGGUGGGCCAGGGCUGCGCCACGGCGCUGGCGGUCUUCGGCGACGCCGGCGGCCGCGUGAGGCUCGUGCUCGACGGCGACCUGGUGCACGGCGGCCACGACAGGGUGUACUUCCACCCCAUGACCAACGCCGCCACCAUGGGCCUGACGCCCGCCGACCUGCUGAGGUUCCUGAAGGAGACGGGACACGACCCCGUUCUGCAGAGCUUCGAUUAGGCGGGGGGAGGGAGGGAGGGGGAGAGUGGCCGUGCUCUGAACCGCACACUAAUCACACUACAGUUCAAUGUAAAGCUGCCUGACAUUUAGUAUGAGUCGUAUGAGUGGUAUGUUAGUAUGCGGUUUGGAACCCAGCCAGUGUUCCUCGAGUCUGAAGGUCGCUCAGGCUGUCUGUGUGAGACGGUGGUGCCCCUGGGUGGGUCAUCAUUGUAUGGGCUCAUGGGUGUGGUUAAGGUUGGAGCUGAAAAUGUAUUGAUGUAAGAUUCAUCUCAACAGAGUUCGCAACACUCUCUUCUGAAACAGUCAGCUCCAGUAAAUACCAAUAUAAUUUUAUUCUGUAAACUCUGGUGUCUGGUAUGGCCUCCUGGUGUUCCUCUGUUCUGUUCUGUUCUCUGUUCUGACAUUGAAGAUCACGAUUCAUAUGCGACUGGACAGAAAUAAAGCCCCUUGUUUUUAUUUUA